AAAAUAUAGGCGGCGAAAUGAAUGAGUUAGUCUUUUAUUUAACUUGACUUUAAAAACUUUAUUAGAAGACCACAGAAGAGUACGUCUGUUUAGUUCGAAAGAAGCAGCUCGACUAAAUGCAACACGAGGUCAGUAACGAAGAAUUUCGUUACUGAACCAUAGACCCUAUCGAUCCCAUGCUUUGUCUAAACAAGUCAAGAUGGGACGCAGCUGCACCCUCUUGACUUGUGUCUAGGAAUGAAACCCAAACGCGCACAGAUGGUUCUUUUGUUACGAGAACUUUCUCUUUCAAAGAAGAGAAAAUCCAACAGUUCCCCUAUUCGGCAUUUUUACCAAAAUAUCAUUUGCAGAAACAGAACACCGUGGAUUUGCCUUUAAAAUUGUAGUACAGUGUAAGUGUGGAAGAACAUUGAUUAAUUCUAGCCCUUUUAUACAAAGUGCAUAUGAAGUGAAUAGAAGAAUAGUGUUCGUUAUGCGACUUUUGAGGAAUUAGCCUAAAAGGAAUAAAUUUGUUUAGUGGUUUGAUGGAUAUCGGUAAAGGUUUUAGUAAAUCCGUUUAUUAUUUGAUUUUGAACCAUAUGUAUGACGCCGAAAAAUUGUAUUCCUAAAUCUGAGUAAAAAAGCUGCACAGGAAGAACAAAAAGAAAAUGAGAAAUAUGAGAGACCCUUGAACGAUUUGAAAAUUGCUGGUGAUGGCUCGUGGAAGGAGCGUGGAUUUUCGUCACUGUACGGAGUAAUGACACUUAUCGGUUACUACACGGGCAAAGUGAUCGAUGUUCUUGUAAAGUCUAGUUGCUGUAGCAUGUGUACGCACUGAAAUAAUAAGGAAAAGAAUUUUAAAAAAUGGGCAGAAGAACACGAAGAAGAAUGUCAUGUGAAUCAUGAGGGAUCAGCAAGAAAAAUGAAGGGCGACGUGAUUAUAGAAAUGUUUGUACGGUUUGAAGAAUUAUACGGAAAUUAUAUUGGCGACGGCGACUCUAAAACUUUCCAAUGAAUUCUUGAAGUAAAUCCAUACAGCGAUGAUUUUACAGUGAUCAAAAGUGAAUGUAUAGGGCACAUUGAAAAAAGAAUGGGUUCUCGACUCCGAAAUGUCAAGACCAAAGAAAAGCUCGGAGGUAAAGGGAAAUUAACGGAUGUUCAGAUUAAAAAACUUACCUAAUACUAUGGAUUAGCUAUUCGACGUGAUAUUGAUUCACUCCAGAAUAUGAAAAAAUGCAAUCAUGGCCACGUAUAAACAUUUGAUCUCGACUGAUAAAAAUCCGAUACACGAGGACUAUUUGAAAGGUGAUAACAGCUGGUGCAAGUACCAAUCGCCGUUGCUAAAGGAACCGAGUAUAAGCAUCUAACUCCUCUUCACCCGGAUGUGCAGAAGCAUAUUGUGGUGACUGAUUCACCGGCGAUUGUUCCGACACGCGUAGAGUGAGUGCGUGGUGAGUGUGUGCUACAGUGAAACGCUAAAAGGCACACAGGGCCCGAGACAGGCAGUCGAACGCAGGGGGACCAAGUAUAGUUGCGGGGAAGUGAAACCACGUUUUUAAUUGGUGAACCAAAUCUACGCGGCGCUAGUAGGCAUCACAUGCACAUAUCUAGCGUAUCGGUGAGUACCACCAGACUGGUAUGAAAAUUUCAGCGUCGGCGUCGGUAGCCGUCGGUUUGCGCCGGUAUUCGUCGUUAUUUAAAGCCCGCGAGAGCGAAACAUUUGAAUGACGAAGUAACAAUCACUCACGUGACGGUGGUCUGAUAGACCAGUGUGAGUUUGAUUACUUUGCGAGGUUUCAUUGUGUUUCUUUUUUGUGAAAUAUUACGGUGCCUAGAAGAUGUUGUUAAACCUAAUGAUAACUCCGGCAUAACAUUCAAGCAUUCGUGGGUUAGACCGGCUGAAUAUCUCCCGCGUUGUUCGUUUGUUGUAGUGUGGCUGUGGUAGUUGGGCGUUGAGCUAAGUGUGAUUGGCGCGCAGCAUGUGGGGCUUGUGUAUUUAAUUUAUUAAAUAAAAUAUAUAUUCUUAUUCACCUUAACGGUGUUUAUCAUUUUUCAUUGCAAAGAGCAAACCUUCCAACAGAUGUAAAGUGAGAGGAUGCACCUCACAGGGAAAUCUGGUUCGGCAAUUUCCAGACAUUAUAAGUAACAGAGAACGCUGCCUUAAGUGGAUAACAGCGUGCGAUAAUCCCUGCCUCCAGGAUAUGGCUUCAUUAAAAAAUGUGAAAAUCUGCGAUGUCCACUUUGAAGAUUUUUAUAAAUUAAAUAUCCGACUAAGCACUUCAGCAGUGCCAACGCUUCAUUUGCCAAAAUCUGUAACUGUUGAAGCUUCAAUUUCUGCAGUAAUUCCUGAAGGAAUUACUGAAGUAAUCGAAGCAACAGAUGCAAUAGAAAGUGUAACAUCGCAGACACAUUCUGAUGGGCACAGUAGUACGACACCUGAGGCCAAAGAGACAAUUGGUGUGCCUUCUACAUCUGGAGUAUCACAGAAAAAAAAGUUUGCGAUCAGGGGCCAAGAAACGUACGUGCCAUGAAGGAGUUACUUUUCGACACGCAGCGCCGGAGCGGAUUGUCAGGCUAUGAGCGUUUCAUCAUGGUGGAUACUCAAAAAGUUGUGCCGCAGUUUGAUCC